CCGGACUGUAACUUUGCAACGGGAGCGCGCGCCCGGGAGCGAAGUUCGCGACGCGCUCGCGCGCGCCGCAACAAAGUAACGCUGCGAACGUCAACGUCACGCGAGCGGAACACUAACAUCAGAGCAACACUACAGUAGAGUAACGUUACACUAAUAUAGGCUUCAGCAUCGGGAGUCCGGGGACCCGACGGGGAGUAACUCUCUCUGUCUGAACUCCGAACUGCGAGCUCUCAGUCUGUCUGCCCACCCGCCAGCGCUGGAGGAUCCCGUGGGACACCGGGCGAAGCCGACCCGAGCCGCGCCGGGAUGCGUGUGUGUGUACAGCUGGGAAUCCCGAGGGCCGUCCUGUGUGCAAAUCGACUGUAAACUGAGCGUGGGUGCGCGCGCGCGCGCGCGCGCGGGGACCUCUGGCUCUGCCGCGGGACUCCUGCGGGACGGGGGAGGAGGAGGCAAAGCACAGGACUCUGUGUGAAGGACUUGCCUAAAGGAUUAUAACCCUGCUGGUGACCCAGGCGGGGGAUACAACCACCAUGGCAUCUGUCACGGAGAGUGCUGAUGGAGCAGCCAACAGCGAAUUCAGUGACAUCAUCAAGUGGAGAUCAGAUGAGCAUGAUGCUGUGCAAAAGAAAACUUUCACAAAAUGGAUCAAUGCACGUUUUUCCAAGACAGGGAAGCCAUCCAUCAAGGACAUGUUUUCAGACCUUCGUGAUGGCCGAAAGCUGCUAGACCUCCUUGAAGGUCUCACUGGCAGUGUUCUGACCAAAGAGCGAGGCUCCACACGGGUCCAUGCCCUCAACAAUGUCAACCGAGUCCUGCAGGUUCUGCACCAGAACAAUGUGGAGCUGGUCAACAUUGGUGGGACAGACAUUGUGGAUGGGAAUCACAAGCUAACACUUGGCCUCAUCUGGAGCAUAAUCCUGCAUUGGCAGGUGAAGGACGUCAUGAAGGACAUCAUGUCCAGCCUGCACCAGACCAACAGUGAAAAAAUCCUGCUCAGCUGGGUGAGGCAGUACACACGCUCCUAUGAGCAGGUGAACGUACUCAACUUUACCACCAGUUGGGCAGAUGGCCUGGCCUUCAAUGCCAUCUUGCAUCGCUACCGGCCUAGUAUUUUCAGCUGGGACUCAGUACUUAGUUUGACCCCCACAGAAAGACUGGAGCAUGCCUUCACUAUUGCUAAGGACCAGCUGGGCAUCGAGAGGCUUCUGGAUCCCGAAGAUGUGGCUGUGUCGCUGCCUGACAAGAAAUCUAUCAUCAUGUACGUGACAUCACUAUUUGCUGUAUUGCCUAAGGAGGUCACCAUGGAUGACAUUCGUGAGGUGGAGACCCUGCCCAGAAAGUACAAAGUAGAUAUGGAGGAGGUCCAGGGGGGCGGAAAGCAGGUCUCCUUUGCUGAAGAUGAGGCCACCAGCCCCCGGGCUGACACACCCAGCACAGUUACUGAGAUGGAGGGAGAUGUGGAGGUGGAUCUUGAUGGCUAUCAGACAGCCCUGGAGGAGGUUCUCACCUGGCUGCUUUCAGCUGAGGAUGCCCUCCAAAUGCAGGAUGAUGUGUCUGACGACGUGGAGGAGGUCAAGGACCAGUUCCACACCCAUGAGGCCUUCAUGAUGGAGCUGACCGCCCACCAGAGUAGUGUGGGCAACGUUUUGCAAGCUGGUAACCAACUCAUUGCCCAGGGCAACCUGACAGCAGAGGAGGAGGAGGAGAUCCGUGAACAGAUGACGCUGCUCAACUCGCGCUGGGAGGGUCUGCGGGUGGCCAGCAUGGACAGACAGGCUCGGCUUCAUGAAGUGCUUAUGGAUCUGCAGCAGCAGCAGUUACAACAGCUCUCUGACUGGCUCACACAGACAGAGUCCAGAAUCCAGUGCAUGGAAAGUGAGCCCACUGCAGGAGACAUGGAGGGGUACCAGGCACAGAUAGAGGACCAUAGGGCCUUACAGAAUGAUCUGGAGAUGGAGCAGGUGAAAGUGAAUUCCCUUACCCACAUGGUGGUUGUUGUGGAUGAGAAUAGUGGGGAAAGUGCAACUGCGGCCUUGGAAGAACAGCUGCAGGCCCUGGGUGAGCGAUGGGCUGCUGUGUGCCGCUGGACUGAGGAACGUUGGCACAAGCUCCAGGAUGUUCUUCAGGUAUGGCAUCAACUGCUGGAGGACCAGAAUCUGUUCAAAUCCUGGCUCAGCGAGAAGGAGGAUGCACUGAGCAGAGUUCAGACGAGCAACUUCAGAGACCCCAAUGAGUUGAAUGUUAAUGUUCGGAGAUUGGCUACUCUCAAGGAGGAUAUGGAGAACAAGAAACGUACACUGGAUCAGUUGUCAGAUGCCGGACAGGACGUGGUGCAGCUUCUGCAGAGCGCGGAGGCAGCGCACCAUAUCCAGGGCGACACAGACUGGCUAACCCAGAGAUGGGACAACUUGGUCCAGAGAUUAGAAGACUGCUCAUACCAGGUGGCAGAGUCAUUGACCCACACGGGACUGCCGCAGAUACAAAAGACCGUUGCUGUAGACACAGCAGUCACCGUGGGAGGGGAGCAAUCCUCGCCCCAGCAGCUCCCACCCCCGCCCCCCCAGAAGAAGAGGCAGCUGCAAGAAGACCAGGACAUCAGGGCACUCAUUGAGGAUGACCUUCCUGAGAUUUUGAGCUGGAUGGGUCGAUGGAAGCGCUCUCUUCAAGCUUUGGAUCUCACAGAUAAUGAGAAAAUGCGAGACACAUCAGACAUAAGACAGAAGCUCAAGAUGCUGGAGGAGCAGCUGGUGGAGAAAGAGCCCAGGGUGAUCAAUGUGACUCAGGGAGGACAAGCCUUGCUGGGGCGGCUGGAGAAAGAGGGCCUACCCACGGAGGACCUGAGGAGUCGUCUGGAUGCCAUCAAAGCAGAGUGGGAGGGCAGCCGCAGACUGCUACAGGAGCUGCAGGAGAGGCUUGGGCUCCGGGACCGCAUCAGUAACUUCUGCCAGGAGCUACAGAUGUUGGAGCAGGCUGUGAGAGGGUCAGAAAACUGGCUGAGGUGCACACCAGAAGCUGAUGCAGAUGAGGCCUGUCUGCAGUCUCUGUCCACUGCCUGUGAGGCCAGACUGGAGGAGUUGGAGGCACUCACCUCUCACAUUGAGCAGCUGGCCUCUGUGGCAGUAGCGCUGGGCAGGGAGUCGCUGGUGGCUGCGACUCUCCAGGAUGACUGGAGUGCCCUGUUUGCCCUUCAUACUUCCACCCUGGAGGAGCUGCGCCGAAGGAGAGAGGAGCUGCGCUCGGCUCCUGCCAAGAGUUCCUCCCAGGAGGAGGUGGAACUUCAGCUCGAUUCCCUCCAAGAUGGCAUCGUGGAUGUUAGGACAACAGAGGAGGCAGUGCAGAGUGCAGAGGUCCUAUUUCAGUUUGUAGAACAGCAGCUGAUUGCUGACCCUGUGAACCAGAGCUGGAGCCAGUUGUCCUCCAGGGCCCAAGAGGAGCUGAGGAUGCUCAGAUGCCUCCUUGAAUCCAUGCAGGAUGCUGAGGUGAAGAUGGUCCGAGUACAAUGCUGGCUGGACGGCGUCGAGGCAAUGAUCUCCAAGGAGGGGGCUACCCCUGGUGAUCAUGUAAAACCGCAGGAGGAGCUGGACCAAUACACAGAGUAUUUGAACGAGAUGGGGGCAAUAGAGGCAGACUUGAACCAGAUGCUGGAGAAUGUUAGGAGCGUUCAGGCAUGUGCACUUCCGGGAGUCGCCACCUGGGGGCAGCUAAAGCUGGAGGAGUGUCGCAGUAGAUGGGAGAAGCUGAGCAAACAGCUGCAGCAGCACCAAGAUCAAGCCUGGGAGACCCAAGAGCGGGCGCUGAACCUGAGGAAAGAUCUGCUGGAGAUGCAGGAGUGGAUGGUGCAGGUGGAUGAGGAGUUUCUCAUGAGGGACUUUGAGUACAAGAGUCCGGAGGAGUUGGAGGGAGCCUUGGAGGAGAUGAAGAGAGCCAAAGAGGACGUGUUGCAGAAGGAGGUGCGUGUGAAGAUCUUGAAGGACAACAUCAACCUGCUGGUGACCAAGUCCCCUUCCAGUGGACAGGACCUGACGGCAGACCUCAGCGGGGUCCUCAGGAACUACCAGAAGCUGUGUGAGAGGUUCCGCAGCAAAUGUCACACACUGGAGGAGGUGUGGUCCUGUUGGAUGGAGCUCCUGCAGUACCUGGACCUGGAGAACAGCUGGCUGAACAGUCUGGAGGAGCGUGUGCAAGCAUCUGAGGGGCUCCCUGAGAACAGCCAGGCCAUCAACCAGGCCCUGGAGGCCCUGGAAUCAGUUCUUCGGCACCCUGGAGACAAUCGCACGCAAAUCCGGGAGCUAGGCCAGACACUCAUUGAUGGCGGCAUUCUUGACGAGAUCAUCAGCGAGAAGCUAGAGGCUUUCAACAGCCGCUACGAACAACUCAGUCACCAGGCGGUCAGCAGGCAGAUUGCUCUGGAACAGCAGCUGCAGACAGUCCGGGAGAAUGAGCAGGUCCUCCAGACGCUGCAGGAGUCCCUGAGCCGGGUGGACCAGACACUAACUUCCUACCUUACGGACCGCAUGGAUGCCUUUCAACUGCCCCAGGAGGCUCAGUGCAUCCAGGCAGAAAUUGUGGUUCUAGAGGGCCAGGUGGAGGACCUGCGGCAGAAGGGUGUGGGCGGGUCACCAGCUGUGUCUCAGGAUGGGAAGGCCUCUCGGGGAGGCACUAAGCUGGAACAGCUGCAGCGGAAGCUCAGGGAGAUAAACACCAAGUUCCAGCUCUUUCAGAAGCCUGCUAACUUUGAGCAGCGCAUGCUGGACUGCAAGCGAGUCCUUGAGGGUGCCAAGGCAGAGCUCCAUGUGUUGGAUGUCAGGCAGGUGGAGCCAGAGGAGAUUCAGGCGCACCUGAACGGCUGCAUGAAACUAUACAAGAUUCUGAGUGAGGUGAAGCUCGAGGUGGAGACGGUCAUUAAAACAGGCCGGCAGAUCGUACAGAAGCAGCAGACCGAGAACCCCAGAAGUAUGGAUGAGCAGCUCACUGCCCUUAAACUGCUCUACAAUGACUUGGGUGCUCAGGUGACAGAGGGGAAACAGGAUCUGGAGAAGGCACUGUCUCUGUCCCAGAAGCUGCAAAAGGAUGGCACUGCCCUGCAGGCCUGGCUGGGAGCCACUGAGGCCGUGCUCCAGCAAAAGAAUACCUCGGGGGACAUGCCAGCAGACAUCGAUGCUGAGGUGGCCUGGGCGCAUGGCCUGCUGAAAGAGCUGGAGCGAAGGGAGGCGGAGCUCCAUGCAGUGACUGAGUUCAGUGCUGCCCUGCAGGCCUUGGUCGAGAGCAGUGAGGCACAACUUGAAGAGCGCCUGUGUAAGCUGAACAGCAGCUGGGCUCGGGUUCGAACCUGGGCAGAAGAUUGGCUGAGCAGUGUGCUGAACCAUCAGAACGAGGUGGAGAUAUUUGACGAGAAUCUUGCCCACAUAAGCACCUGGCUAUACCAAACAGAGAUCCACCUGGAUGAGACAGAGAAGCUACCUGCUAAUGAGAAAGAGGAGAUAGUUAAGAACCUGCUGGCAGAACUUGAGGACAUCAGCCUACGAGUGGAUAGUGUCAGGGACCAGGCUGUUAUCCUCAUGAGCAGCCGUGGCCCAGCUUGCAGGGAUGUGGUGGAACCUAAACUGGCUGAACUUAACCGCAACUUCGAUAAGGUUUCACAACACAUUAAAGCCACCAAGGCGUCCGCAACCCUUGCGCAAGCAAUGCCUGACCCUCUGCAACUGCAAAUAACAGGAUCUCUGACUGGAAGAGAGCUUCACCAGUUCCAGGCUGAGCUGGCAGCCUCUCUUGAUGCCGUUGACCCCCAGUGCAGCCAUAUCCGCUUGAUUGCCCAGGAUGAUGACAAGAUGGAUGAGGAGAAAGCUCGAGUGGAGGAGGUGUUGCAAAAGGGCGACUUGGUCCUCCCUCAGAUGACUGGUGAGGGCAAAGAUGAGUUACGAAGGAAGCUGCUUUUGCUGCAGACGCGGUACAGUGCGCUUCGGGAGCUCAGGGCUCUUAAAACACAGCAAAUGGAGCCUAUGUACCAGGAUGCCUCCUCCCACAGCUGGAUAGAGCUCUCUCAGGGAUCAUCUUCGGGGCUGCUGGGAGUGUCCAUGGAGAAGGCUGGGCUGGCAGAUGAUGUAGUAGAGAAGCCAAUGGAGAAGAGCCUGUUGCUUACACCCUCUGACUACCUACUGGACAUCAACAAGGCACUACUUGCCAUGGCUGACGUUGAGCUGCUGCUCAAUGCUUCUGAGCUCUGCAGUGGCCUGUACGAGGACUUCUCCGCCCAAGAGGAUGCACUAAAGAACAUCAAGGAUGGCUUGGAGAAGCUGGGGGAUCAGGUGACAACACUACAUGAACGACAGCCUGAUGUGGUCCGCGAGGCUUCGCGUACUGAUGUGGUUCAAAUUGGGGAUGCACUUACGCAGCUGAACGCAGAGUGGGACCGCCUCAACAGGAUGUUCAACGACCGCAAGGGGUGUUUUGACCAAGCUGUGGAGGAGUGGCGCAGGUUCCACUGUGACCUAAGUGACCUGGGUCAGUGGCUCAGCGAGGCAGAGCGUGCCUUAGGUGAUGCCAGAGGCCCUGACAGCACCCUGAACCUGGAUAAGGCACAGGAACAACAGGAGGAGCUCGAGGAGGGUCUGCUCAGCCACCAGCCUGUGCUUUCCCUACUCACCCAGAUGGGGGAGAGCAUCGUAGGGCAGCUUUCGGCCCCAGGCAGCAGUUUGCUGGAGGAGAAGCUGCAGGGGCUGAACCAGCGCUGGAAUGCCAUCCAGAGAGAGGUCCAAGAACGUCACCACAGGUUGAUGGGAGGGGACCCCAACCUUGCAGAAUUUGCUGGACGCCUGAAGGAGCUGGAGCUAUGGCUGGAGCAGGCAGGCUGUGCUGUGGGGUCCCUGCCACCAUCUGCAAGUGACAAAAACCUGAAGGAGCUGAAGGCCUUAGCUGAGGAGAUGGAUGCUAAGAAUCAGCAACUCAGCUGGUUGAAUAAAAACGGACCCCAGAUGCUGUCUACUCGGAACCUCACUAGUCAGGAGAGGGAGCAGCACGUGGGCAGGCUGAGAGCCAUCAACAUGGAGUGGAGCCACGUGACCAGGAACCUGCUGGACAAGGUGGGAGAGGUAGAGGCAGACCUUCAGGGCCACGCCCAUUUCCAGGACAAGUUGAGUCGCCUGAGCGACUGGCUGCAUAUCACCCAGCAGACCCUCAGCCUCAGGAGCCCAGAAGAGAACCAGUUACUGGAAGUGUCCAUGCAGGAGCGCAAACGGCAGCUGGAGGAACUACUCUCGCGCUCUAUCCAGAUGCAGAAGAGGCAGCAGCUCCUCCCUCAGGAGAAGAACAAGGUGGAGCAGCUAGCAGCAGACUGGAAGAUGCUGGACUUGAGGGUCAGGGAGAUGGGGCAGCAGCCGCUGUCAGCUGCAGUGCCCUCAACAGUCCACGUGUCCAGCCUGAGGAGCGCGGAGCCCCUCCAUCAGGCAACCCGCAGUCACCAGCGCGUAGUCCCAACUGACCUCAACGAAACAGCCACCGAGCUUGGUGAUUGGCUGGUGCUCAUUGACCAGAUGCUGAAGUCCAACAUUGUUACCGUGGGAGACUUGGAAGAAAUCCGGACAACUAUCAGCCGUCUGGAGGUGACCAAGGGAGACCUGGAACAGAGACAUCCUCAGCUGGAGGAUAUCUUCACCCUGGCCCAAAACAUUAAGAAUAAGACGUCCAAUCUGGAUGUCCGCACAUCCAUCACAGAGAAGUUGGAGAAGGUGCGCAGCCAGUGGGAUAGCACACAGCACGGUGUGGAGGCCCGCCUUCAUCAGCUUGAUCGCCUGAUCACAGAUAGCAUCCAGUGGGAAGAGAGGAGGAGGGAGACGAAGGCCCUGAUCGGGCAGAAUGAGAGCCGUCUACACAACCUCAUGCAGCAAUCUUGGGACCCUCUGACCAAGCAGCUGAACGACAACAAAGGGUUCCUAAAUGAUCUGAGCAAAGGCCAGGCAGUCGUGGCGUCCUUCAGCGAGCUCUCUGGACGGCUACUGCGUGACUAUGCCACCGACGACACCAGGAGGGUGAAGGAGGUUGCAGACAUGCACAGCAAGUCCUGGAGUUCUCUCCAAAGCAGGACCAGUGAUCGUCAGGUAGUUCUUGAGGCAGAUCUGAAGGAGUUGCAGGCCUCCCUCAAGGAGCUGGAGGGCUUCCUCAAGUGGCUACAGGAGGCAGAGACUACGGUCAAUGUACUUGCUGAUGCCUCUCAGAGGCAGGACCUCUCCCAGGACUCCUCCUCCAUAAAAGAGCUGAGAGGCCAGCUGGAGAAGUCGGGCAGGCUGGGCGUCAUGGCCGUGGUGCGGAGCUCCCUCCAGAAAGUGGUGGUCUUCCUGCACCGGCUGCAGAGGAUGGCCAUCUCAUCGCCCCGCUACCAGAAGCUCUACAAGGACAUCCAGACUGAGAUAGAUGCCCACAAUGACAUCUUCAAGAAUGUGGAUGGAAACAGAUCCAAGAUGGUCAAGUCCUUGGGUAGCACAGAUGAAGCCAGCUUUCUGCAGCAGCGGUUGGAUGACAUGAACCAGCGAUGGGGUGAGCUGAAGGCAAAGUCAGCUAACAUCCGUGCCCACCUGGAGGCCAAUGCAGAGCGGUGGAAUCGCCUCCUGGCCCUGCUGGAGGAAUUGGGCCGGUGGCUGUGCCUGAAGGAUGAGGAGCUCAACAAGCAGAUGCCUAUUGCUGGAGACCUGGCCAGCCUACUGCAGCAGCAGGUCCACUGUGCGGCCUUGCAGAAAGAGCUGAAUGAGCGUGAGCAACUGGUGAGCAGCACUCUGGAUCAGGCACGCUUGUUCCUGGCUGACCAGCCCAUCGAGGGUCCGGAGGAGCCGCGCCGGAACCUGCAGCCCAAAACAGAGCUCACUGCAGAGGAGCGCGCCCAACGUGUGGCCAAGGCCAUCCGUAAGCAGGCGGCAGAGGUGAGUGAGCACUGGGAGCGGCUCCGUGCGAACGUCGUGUCCUGGCAGGAGCAGCUGGAGCGGGUGCUCGACAAGCUGCGCGAAUUGGAGGGGGCCAUGGACCGGCUAGAGCUGCGGCUUAGCGAGGCCCAGGAUGUGCAGACCACCUGGCAGCCUGUGGGUGACUUGCUCAUCGACUCACUGCAGGACCACAUCGACAAGACCAUCGCUCUCAAGGAGGAGAUUGUGCCGCUGAAGAAUGAGGUCCGGGCCAUGAAUGAGCUCUCCGGUCAACUUGUACCCCUGGACAUGCAGCUAUCCUCCAUCACCACGCGGCACCUGGACGAUCUCAACAUGCGUUGGAAGCUCCUGGAGGCAGCCGUAGAGGACAGACUGAGGCAACUGCAGGAAGCUCAUCGGGACUUCGGACCCUCAUCCCAGCACUUUCUGUCUACCUCCGUGCAGCUUCCGUGGCAACGUGCCGUGUCCCAGAAUAAGGUUCCCUACUACAUCAACCAUCAGACUCAGACCACCUGCUGGGAUCACCCGAAAAUGACAGAGCUCUUCCACUCCCUUGGUGACCUGAAUCAUGUGCGCUUCUCUGCCUACCGAACAGCCAUGAAGCUUCGACGGCUGCAGAAAGCUCUUUGUUUGGAUCUACUGGAGCUCGGUGUGGUCCAGGACGUGUUCACCCAACACAAGCUGAUCCAGAACAACCAGCAGCUCAGCGUCCCUGACAUCAUCAACUGCCUGACCAGCAUCUAUGAUGGCCUGGAGCAGAAGCACAAGGACCUGGUGAAUGUGCCACUCUGCGUGGACAUGUGUCUGAACUGGCUGCUCAACGUCUAUGACACUGGCCGCAGCGGCAGGAUCCGAGUUCUGUCUAUGAAGAUUGGCCUGCUCUCUCUUUCCAAGGGGCACCUGGAGGAAAAGUAUAAAUGCCUCUUCCACCAGGUGGCCUCACCAGGUAACACGUGUGACCAGAGGCAGCUGGGUCUGCUCCUGCAUGACGCCAUCCAGGUACCUCGGCAGCUGGGUGAGGUGGCUGCUUUCGGAGGCAGCAACAUCGAGCCGAGCGUGCGCAGCUGCUUCCAGCAUGUAAACAACAAGGUAGAGCUGGAGCCACGGCAGUUUGUGGACUGGAUGCGCCUGGAGCCGCAGUCCAUGGUCUGGUUGCCGGUCCUGCACCGCGUGGCAGCUGCCGAGACGGCCAAACAUCAGGCCAAGUGCAAUAUCUGCAAGGAAUGUCCCAUCGUGGGAUUUAGGUACCGCAGCCUGAAACACUUCAACUAUGAUGUAUGUCAGAGCUGCUUCUUCUCUGGACGCACGGCCAAGGGCCACAAGCUCAACUACCCCAUGGUGGAGUACUGCACGCCGACCACAUCCGGGGAGGACAUGCGUGACUUCACCAAGGUGCUGAAGAACAAGUUCCGCUCAAAGAAGUACUUUGCCAAGCACCCUCGUUUGGGAUACCUGCCAGUGCAAACGGUCCUGGAGGGAGACAACAUGGAAACUUCUGUCACGCUCAUCAGUAUGUCACCGGAGCAGUAUGAGCUCUUGCAGUCGCCACGGCUGUCACAUGACGAUACUCAUUCCAGGAUAGAGCAGUUUGCCAGCAGGUUGGCACAGAUGGAGAGUUCCAACGGCUCCUUACCCACUGCCAGCAGCUCUGCCACAGAAAGCAUGGAUGACGAGCACGCGCUGAUCCUGCAGUACUGCCAGACACUUGGAGGCGAGUCUCCACUUGAUCAGCCCCAGAGCCCUGCCCAAAUCCUGCAGGCAGUGGAGAGGGAAGAGCGUGGGGAGCUGGAGCGAAUUAUUUCCCGGCUGGAGGAAGAGCAGAGGGCCCUGCAGCACGAGUAUGAGCAACUGAAGGAGCAACAUAGCCAGCGGCUGCAUUCAGGUCCCUGGGAGCCCAGAACCGGUGGCCCUGAGGAAGCUGAGCUGCUUGCUGAGGCCAAACUGCUACGACAGCACAAGGGGCGCCUGGAGGCUCGGAUGCAGAUUCUGGAAGAGCACAACCUGCAGCUGGAAUCACAGUUGCAGCGACUGAGACAGCUACUGCACCAGCCGGGGACAGACCCCAGGAUCAAUGGCGCUCCCCCCACCUCUCUGCUUCAGCAGUGCCCUCUCCAGCAGGAUGCUGACUCCCACACCGAGAGAGCAGAUGACAUGCUGGAACCCCCACGCGAGAGCAACGCUGACCUGACGGACGUCAUGGAGGAGAUCAAUAACUCCUUCCCAGCGUGCAGUUCUUCCAGCGUGACCACCCGGCCCCAGGUCAUGUAAGGUGAGGAGUACGAGGAAGGCCGAAGAAGCCACUUGGCAGACAACGCGCUUUGCCUCUGACUCAGUCGUCAGCCCGACAGCAACCGAACCAAGAGCCUAGGAAGAGACACGCCGAAGACCCAAAGACAUUGAUCUGGACCACAGAACUUUACCGUGUUUUUGUCUCGCUCUAUGCAAUUGUACAUUUAAUGGACUGUAGAGUGUCCUGUAAGACGGAUGGAUGUUAGCGGUUUGUUGCAAUGCGCAAGAG